CAGCGGUUCACCCGGUCCGGGAGGAAAGUGUGAAUCUCACUCUAGAUUGUGCAUUUCCUGGUGCAAGAGACACACAACAAAACUCCCCAUUUUUUUUCCGUCUCCUUCCCCGCGAGCCUGUUUACAACGCAGCCACUUGCAGUUUAGUUCAGGUUCCUUCUUUUGCGUUGGUGCAAAUGUCUGUCCCCUCCCUGGGAACUUUACAAAGAAAAUCUGAAUUUUAUUUUUGUGCUUAGGUGGAACUUUAAAAAAAAAACAACCACCCUCUUUUUUCGUGCUAUUCGAGAUGGGUUGUAGGAAAUCGACCAUUUGAAUUUUUGGUGCUGUUGUUGCAAACGUCAGAAGAGGAUUGUUGCAAAUGUAAGCUGUUUUUUUUUCCCUCCUCCUCCUCUUCUUUUGGCUACAGUGUUGCAAAAGCAAAGAGCAAUAAACGCACACACACACACACAGACAGACAGACACAGAGCCCCGUAAGAGCAAGAAGAGAGAGUUAAAAGAGAGGAGAGGAGAACGGUUUCUCUGACAAUUCCGUUUAGGGAGCAGAUGGAAAAGUGGAGACUUGUGAAGGGCUGUGAGGUUGGCUAAGGAUCCAGGAGCGAAAAGAGCCCGGCUGAUUGGAAGAAAAAAGCAGAGAGAUGGAGGCGGGGGAAGUGCAAUCUCUCUGCGGGGACUGGAGCGAGUCCACGCCCGGGGCCAGCGCUGCAGAGCUGGCCAGCAUUCAACCAGCGCUCCCCAGCUAAAAGCACCCAAAAAAAGCAGCCCCCAAGUUCCUUCUUCAGCCUGGCUGAUUUGCAGGCUCCGGCGGCGGUUGGCUGCAGCUGCUGCUUCCCCCCCCCGGUUGCAGACUCGACUGGUGGCCGGCUGACUCGGUAAGGAGAAGGCGCUCGGGGGGCAGAGAAGAGUGAAGCGUGGUUGAUUUAAGGUAGAUUGAGAGACAGCAGGAGAGACCCAAAAGAGAUCGCCCUUGGGUCAGACAGGUGGAGAAUGAACGGAGAAGCAGAUUGCCCUACAGACUUGGAAAUGACAGCUCCCAAGAAUCAAGACCUUUGGUCCCAGGAGGACAUGCUGACCCUGCUGGAGUGCAUGAAGGGCAACCUGCCCUCCAACGACGGCAGCAAAUUCAAAACCACCGAGUCCCAUCUGGACUGGGACAAAGUGGCCUUCAAGGAUUUCUCUGGCGAGAUGUGCAAGAUGAAGUGGAUGGAGAUCUCCACCGAGGUGAGGAAAUUCCGGACGCUGACGGAGCUGAUCAUGGAUGCUGAGGAGCACGUAAAGAAUCCUUACAAGGGCAAAAAGCUCAAGAAACACCCCGAUUUCCCCAAGAAACCCCUGACACCCUACUUCCGCUUCUUCAUGGAGAAGCGAGCCAAAUACGCCAAGCUGCACCCUGAAAUGAGCAACCUGGAUCUGACCAAAAUCCUGUCCAAGAAAUACAAGGAGCUCCCCGAAAAGAAAAAGACGAAAUACAUCCAGGACUUCCAGCGGGAGAAGCAGGAGUUUGAGCGGAACCUGGCAAGAUUCAGGGAAGACCACCCAGAUCUUAUUCAGAAUGCCAAGAAGUCGGACAUCCCUGAAAAACCCAAGACCCCACAGCAGCUGUGGUACAAUCACGAGAAGAAAAUCUACCUGAAAGUGCGCCCGGAUGCCACCACGAAGGAGGUGAAGGACGCGUUGGGCAAGCAGUGGUCUCAACUCUCCGACAAAAAGAGGCUGAAAUGGAUUCAUAAGGCCCUGGAACAGCGAAAGGAGUACGAGGAGAUCAUGCGGGAUUACAUCCAGAAGCACCCGGAGAUGAACCUCGAGGAAGGCGUCACACGCUCCACCCUCACCAAGGCAGAACGCCAGCUCAAGGACAAGUUCGACGGGCGACCCACCAAGCCCCCUCCGAAUAGUUACUCUCUGUACUGUGCGGAACUGAUGGCCAACAUGAAGGACGUCCCCAGCACGGAGCGGAUGGUGCUGUGCAGCCAGCAGUGGAAGCUGCUUUCCCAGAAGGAGAAGGACGCGUACCACAAAAAGUGUGAUCAGAGGAAGAAAGAUUACGAAAUCGAACUCUUUCGCUUCCUGGAGAGCCUGCCCGAGGAGGAACAGCAGAGGGUGCUGGGGGAAGAGAAGAUGCUGGGAGCGAACAAGAAAGGUGCCAGCAGCCCAGCUUCCAAAAAAUCAUCGCCAGACACUGGCAAGGCAGGUUCUGAGAAACCCAAACGGCCCAUUUCUGCUAUGUUUAUCUUCUCGGAGGAGAAGCGAAAGCAGCUGCAGGAAGAGCGACCCGAACUUUCCGAGAACGAACUGACCCGGCUGCUGGCGCGGAUGUGGAACGACCUUUCAGAGAAGAAGAAGGCCAAGUACAAAGCCCGAGAGGCGACCAUGAAGGCGCAGUCGGAGAGGAAGCACAGCUCCGACAAAGAGGAGCGCGCCAAGCUGCCCGAGUCCCCCAAAACGGCCGAGGAGAUCUGGCAGCAGAGCGUCAUCGGAGAUUACCUGGCUCGCUUCAAGAACGACCGGGGGAAGGCGUUGAAGGCCAUGGAGGCCACUUGGAACAACAUGGAGAAGAAGGAGAAGCUGAUGUGGAUAAAGAAGGCAGCGGAGGAUCAGAAGCGCUACGAGAGAGAGCUGAGUGAGAUGCGGGCCCCCCCGUGCUCUGCAAACUCUUCAAAGAAGAUGAAAUUCCAGGGAGAGCCGAAGAAACCCCCCAUGAACGGUUACCAGAAGUUCUCCCAGGAGCUGCUGUCGAACGGUGAGCUCAACCACCUGCCGCUGAAGGAACGGAUGGUGGAGAUCGGCAGCCGCUGGCAGCGCAUCUCCCCAAGCCAGAAGGACUAUUACAAGAAGAUGGCUGAGGAGCAGCAGAAGCAGUACAAGAUGCUCCUGGAAAUCUGGCUCAAGAGCCUGUCACCGCAGGAGCGAGCUGCCUACAAAGAGCACACCUCAAAUAAGCGCAAGAGCAUGGGGAAGGUGCGGGGACCGAACCCCAAAAUGAAGCCCGCCAUGCAAAUCAAAUUGGAGUCCGAGGAGGAGGAUGACGAGGAGGAGGAGGAGGAGGAGGAGGAAGAGGAUGACGAUGAUGAUGACGAUGAUGACAAUGGGGACUCGUCCGAGGAAGGCGGGGACUCAUCGGAGUCGAGCAGCGAGGAGGAGAGCGAGGAUGGGGAUGAGAAUGAGGAUGAUGACGACGAUGACGAAGAGGAAGAUGACAAUGACUCUGAGGGCAGCAGCAGCUCCUCCUCUUCCUCGGGCGAUUCCUCUGACUCGGACUCCAACUGAAACGCCCACAACACCACCUUCUUGCCGGACUUUCAGUAAUUCCCCACCCCACCCCGACCAGUAAUAUCCCGGCUGGAGAUCUAAGUUGAUGGUUGCAGGGAGGGGGAUGGGAAAAUCACUGUGGCUAAUUUUUUUUCCCCCUCCCUCUUAAAGAAUUUCACACUAAUGGGGUGGGGUGGGGGCAACUGAUGAAAAGCUUUGUUUUAGGGGGGAAAGAAGGGGAUAUUCUGUGUUGUUUUUCCCCAUAGAGUUUGCUUUCGAUUCUUUAUUUUAUUUUUGUUUUUUGGAGAGGGAGGGGGAUUUUUACCCCUCACAGCCCCCCAGCUGCCCCUGCCUUCCCCUUCAACUUCCAGCUACCCCCUCCAGACUUUAUACAAAACCCUCGCCAAAAUCCUUUUUAAAACAACAACAAAGCAGCGACAAAAAUGUAGUGGCAAGAGGCACAGAGCGUUGUUCCGUCGGUGCGCGGGCCGAGCGGCUCAGGACUCGGCCGUCGGGACGAUCUCCCCCUUUUGCCUCUCCAGCCGGAGGAGGGGACGGUCUUGUACAGUCUGAAUCUGCACCCGGAGCUCCUGGAGAGCAAGUCCCAUUGCACUUCAGAGCUCCUGGGAUGAACUUACCCCGCAGCAUUUCCCUCGGGAUGGGGGAGAAUUUUUGUGUGUGUGUUUGUUUGGGGUUGGGUGGGGUGGGGGAAGUUUAAAGAGCUGUUGCCCAGUUUCAGGGGCGGGAAGGGCUGGCAUUGGGUGGGGGAGUUAGGGGGCUGUUACAGAGCAUACCGUUGGGAGCUGAUCAUUGCAUCACCCAAAGGAAACGUGGUUGAUCCGUCGUAUUCAACCGGCAUUUGAGCAAAGAUGGUGGCAGGCGGAUCCCAGAUUUGAAUAUUUGUUUUGUUUUGUUUUUACAAUGAAGUGACCAAUUAUUGUACUGGAACGGGGCAUUUGUCAACUGGGAGGGGGCGGGCACGGGCGCAGGGUUCGGCUGCAAGGAGAGAUCAUCUGUAUUGGUGGUUGUCGUGUUUGUUGUAUUAUUUUUUUUUCUUUUAUAAAGCGAGAAAGAUCCAUCUUUUUAUAAUCAAAAUCUCUGUCUCUGGCUAGCUGCACAGCUUGGCUUCACCCCCCCCCCACCCCCCCACAUGUGCGGCAUCAAUGUCGGGUCGGUGUGCAGAUUGUUUUCGGGGGGGGGAGGUGGGUGCGAUUGGCACAAACUUCCCAGCGGGCAUCAGCCUUGCCUAGAGAAGCGUGUGUCUGCAAUAGGGGCGGGACGGUGCUUGCCAGAGGAACCCAGCUGUGCCAUCCCGUUCCAAAGCCAGGCUGCGACAUUGGUUAUGAUAGAGGUGGGGCCACGCCCACCAAUCUCACACCUCCGGGGCCCAUCUGCCUAAUCUGUUCAACUACAGUUUUGCUACCAGCUCCGAUGAUACUGCUCAGAUUUUUUUUUUUUUUUUUAAGGAACAUUGGGGAAACUUGAUCCAAAAAAACCUAUCCGUAGACCCAAGCAGCUGAGAUCUGAGCUCCCAGGAAGCUGCUGCUUCUAGGACAGGAUUCUCAGCUACGUAUAUAUCUAGAUUAGUAUAUAACGGGCUAUAUAUUAAUAUAUAGACUGGUAUCAAUAUCACUUUUCAGGUGGAGAGCUGUGACUAGCGUUUUAUCCCUGUUCGUGGGAGGUUUUUAAAUGGGUGUGUAAGUGGUUCUAUAAAUAACCCAUGUGUGUGUGUGUCACCACAAAGGCCCUGCUGCCUUCUGCGUCCAUUCUCUGGGUCACUGGCUGUUACAGAUCAGAGAGUGACCUCGCCCCCACAUGUCACUGGGUCCCAGUUCCUUGCACCUUUCCACUGGGCUGGGCGAGGCUAGGGCACUUUCACCCAGAGAGCAUGGGAGUAGAAAGUGACUGAGACAGGGGAAGAAAAAUCCAGUGUUUAAAUAAUGUUGGGGUUGUUUUUUUUUUGUUUAACUCUUUCUCCCUCACCGUGAGGGGUGGAUAAAUUUGGGCAGCAGGCAUCCUUGCCAUCUGCUCCCCCCAACCCGUUGCUCCUGCCCCCUUUCUGCAAAAUCCACCAUUGAUUGGAAGAGAUGGCUCAGUUUCUGGGAUUUUGUACCUGCCGUUUUUGUUACGGCCAGUGAAUGCAAGGACAGUGUUUCUGGGACUAGACUCCCCCUCCUGCACCCCUCAUCCUUUAUGCAUUCACAGCACCAGCAAUUUCAUCUCUCAUCUUGCUGCAUUCUGGUCCCCUUCACCUCCUAAUGUAGACUGGGGAGCCCAACUUACUAAGAGACACUUGAG